AUGGAAAAGUCUGAUGAGUCUAACGAGAAGGAGAGGCUGAAGAUGAGGAUUGCUGUUCUGGAGGAAAGUGUGAAGUCCUGCGAGGUGGAGUGUAAAGCCAGCAGAGAGACGGUGCUGAGGCUGGUGGCUGAGCUCGACCAGGAGAGGAGGAGGACCGCCAGCAGUGCAGCCGCAAUGGAUUCCCUCAAAGUGGAGCUGGACGGCCUGACGGUGGGGCGGAGGAGCGUUGAGAUGGAGAAGCACACCCUGACUGAGAGGCUUGAAGCCAGCAGGAGAGUGAUAGAGGCAGCCAGGAGAGAGUCACAGUGUUUGGAGAAACAGGUGGAGGAGCUAGAAAGGAAGACCCAGGCAGCUGAGGGGAAACUGCAGAUGUUCCUGGAGAAGGUGGUCGAGGUCCUGCAGGAGAGGUCUGAGGACGUCAUCCUGCCGAAAGAGAGAGAGGUUCUACAGAACCUGGACAACCUCUGCAACAAGACGCUGUCAGACAUGGAGGCGAGGCUGCGUCGUGUCUCUGAGCAGCUGACUGAGCAGAUGGAGCUCCAGCAAAGCACACAACUGAGAGCUCAGCUCGCAGAGCAGCAAGUCCAGGACCUGAGGGAGAGACUGCAGGGUCUGGAGGCCGAGCUGCUGACAGCCGACAUGCAUCGAGACGGGCUGAGACACAGCAAAGUGCAGCAUGAGGAGUUCCUGGAGCAGCUGUCAGAGAUGAUGAAGGUUGACGGUAUUGCUGUGGAUCUGGGCUUCGACAUGAGGCUGAAACUCAUCCUGUCACGUGCAGAGCAACUUGUCAGACACGAGGGAAAUGCUUUGGUGGAGAGUAAAAGCCUGACUUACAGCUUACAGAGAAAGUUAAAGUCACAGAAAGACCAACUAGAAAGCAAAGGACUCCACAUCCAGCUCCUGAGGAAGAAGCUCUCAGAGCUGGAGGAGGAGAAGAGGAGUCGAUCAGCGCUGGCUGUGCAACGAGAUGAUGCUCAUCUGGAGGUCAGGAGGCUGCAGAAGAAAGUGGAGCGUCUGCAAGUCGAACUGAAGGCCACCAAGCUGUCCAACACUGAGCUCAAGGCCCAGCUCUCCCACACCAGUGAGCUCAAGUUGAAAGUCGUGGAACAGAGUCAGACCAUGCAGGAGCAGAAACAGAAGCUGGAUCAGCUGGUGGAUGUGAAGGCAAAGGUGGAGAAGAAGCUGAGCACAGUGAGUUCAGACCUGCAGAGCCAAGAGAAGAAGACCAGGGAGGACCAGCAGCAGCUCAGCACCCUCAGGCAGAGUUUGGCUCAGCUGUCUGAGAGCCAGAGAGAGUUGGUGGAUUUCCGGAUGGUGGUUUCUCAGAUGUUGGGCCUGGACGCUACAGCUUUGACUCAUCCAAAUGAUAAAAUCAUCGAAUUACUUGAGAACCUUCUUCAUGCUCAUCAUCACCUUCAUCAUCACGUUAACCCACCCUGGAGCUGCUCUACUCACCAAUGGCUUCAUCCGCCGCAAAUCCUUCCCGACUCCUCUGCUGUGGAUGUUUCUAGCUGCAGGUCUGCUUGUCCGGGCGAUGCGGUUCCCCUUCACGAAACCUAAAUUUAUUCACUAUUUUCAUGCCAAAUAUAACUUGAAGUGUUGAAAAAUGUUAAGGAAUUACCUAAAAAGCAAGUUAAAAUGCACAUACAAAAAGCAGAUGAUAAAGAAAUCCAAUAAAAAGACAAAUAUCAGAAUGAGGAUUUGGCAUUCAUUGUUUCUGAUGGUCGCAUAUACAUACAUUUCUCAUAUUAAUUUUUUUGCAUUAUAUACACAUGUUAAAUAAUCUUGGACUGUUAUACAUUUGAUACUGAACCGACGCUCAUACAAAAUAUACAAUAGUUUUCUAUAUGUCAUAAUUCUCAAUCUUAAAGACAGAUUCGAUACUUUUAAAAAAUAAAACAGCAGAAUGUAUAAAGACCAUGGAUGACUGAUUUUAAACUCUUGAACUGUGUCUCGAUAUUAAAACGCUCGACUUGGCUUAAAUGACUCGGACAUGAAUCGAUGUAAUUCAAGUUAAAAAUGGAUUGUUUACCACAGACACAGUGAAGGAUGAAAGUAAAUAAAAAGCAAAAGAUUAAAACUGCAUGCCAAAAUACAGGUAAAAAAAUAAUUGCAAUGUAAGAUAUAUUAAAUGUUUUUUUUUUUGUUGUUGUUGUUUACAAAUUUUUCGGUUACAAGCAGAUUCACAGGCUAUAAUUCAGCAUUUUUACUUUGGUGUUAUCCACUGACGGUUCCCUUCAGAGACAUACAACACACCACUGAGUGAACAGUUCAUCCAGCUGAUGUCCACUGUGGGCACAAACCCGAGUCUCUCCAGAUUUGUCACACCAAAAAAAAAUGCUCCUUAACUGACACAGCAUUACACAGAGUAACAUAGUGAGAUGCUUGAUCCUAUGUGCUACA